AUGGCUCCUCUUGAUAACCCCGCUAUUCCCAAAGGCUCUCUGGUCCUCGUGACUGGAGUCAACGGCCUUCUCGGUUCUCACGUUGCCAAACAAUUCUUAGAGUAUGGCUACAAGGUCCGCGGUACUGUUCGUGACGUCGAGAAGAAUGCGUGGCUCACAGCUGCAUUUGACAAACAAUAUGGCCAAGGAAACUUUGAGCUCGUUGAGGUGGCAGACUUGACAGAUGAGAAGGCUUUGACCGAGGCCGCCAAAGGAGUCGCUGUGGUUGCGCAUACAGCGUCGAUCAUGUCUCUGGACCCUGAUCCGAAUAAAGUCAUACCCGAUGCCAUCAGCUUCGCCGUUGCAGCAAUCAAGGCUGCAUAUGCAGAGCCCAGCGUGAAGCGAUUCGUCUUCACCUCAUCAUCUUCCGCCGCCGUCGUUUCUCUGCCCGAUGUUCCUGGUGUGAAGGUGAAUGAAGAGAGCUGGUCUGAAGGUGCGGUCGAGAAGGCGUGGGCUGAUCCUCCUUACACGCCCGAACGACGUGGCGCUGUGUAUGCGGCAAGCAAAGUCCAGUCAGAACAGGCAGUCUGGAAGUAUCACAAGGAACACCGAAGCGAGAAGCCCGAUCUGGUUGUUAAUACCGUCCUUCCCAACUUCAACUGGGGAAGGUCUAUUGAUCCCGUGAACCAGGGGUACCCUAGUAGCUCUGGUUUCCCAGUGCUGCUCUUCAAGGGACAAGUAACACCAUUCCAUGCCUCUGUCAUCCGACAAUAUUACAUUGAUGUCGAGGACACAGGCAGACUUCACGUUGCAGCCGCUAUCUUUGAUCAUGUCAAAGAGCAGCGUAUUUUUGGCUUCGCCGGUCGUUUCAGCUGGGACGCGAUCCUCGAUAUUUUCAGAAAGAACUUUCCUGAUAGGACAUUCCCUGAGAACUUCUCAGGUGGAGAGGACCCUAAUGAGAUCGAGCCAAGAGACAAGGCUGAGCAGCUUCUGAAGGAUUUAGGUCGACCCGGUUGGACAAGCUUGGAGGAAUCUAUUCUGGCUAAUGUCGAAGCAGUUGCAAAGGCUGAGAAGGUUCAAAAGCUCUAG